AAUUAUAUCAUUUCAAGGAAUUGAGUGUUUGCCACAAAAAUAAAUUUUCUCAUCUUUUCUGAAAAAGGCCUAAACCAUGAUUAUCAAUAAUCGAGUCACUCAUAUUAAAACCUAACUUAUGAAUUACAACUUUUUAUUCAGAAUAAUUAUGGACAAUGAUUACAUUGAAGAGAAACUGUGGAAUGAUACAUCUAUUCCAGUAGAUGAUCCUCUAGAAGGCUGGUAUCACGAUGAUGCAGUUUGGCAGAUUACUGCAUCAAUGAUCAUCUUCAAUAUGCAGACAGGGUUUGGUAUGCUGGAGUCAGGAUGUGUGUCCUUAAAGAACGAGGUCAACAUUAUGAUGAAGAACGUGUGUGAUGUAAUCUUAGGGGGUGUAACAUAUUGGGCGUUUGGUUAUGGACUCAGCUAUGGUGAGUCUACGGGAACCAGUUGGUUUACAGCUAUGGGUUCCUGGUUCCUAGAUGAAUCAGGUCCUAUGCAGGGACCAACCUUUACUGUAUUUCUCUUCCAGAUGUCCUUUGCUACCACUGCAACUACUAUAGUGUCCGGAGCCAUUGCUGAGAGAUGUGACUUCAAUGCCUAUUGCCUAUUCUCCCUGGUGAAUACAGUGGUAUACUGUGUUCCUGCAGGCUGGUUAUGGGGCAAUCAUGGGUUUCUUAAAAAUCUUGGUGUAGUAGAUAUUGCAGGCAGUGGCGGAGUUCAUUUAGUGGGAGGAACUUCGGCUUUUGUUGCUGCUUGGCUGCUGGGACCUAGAUUAGGCAGAUGGGAUGGAGAUACCGCACCACCCAUGGGUAGUCCAACAAAUGCAGUGAUAGGACUUUUUAUGCUUUGGUGGGGCUGGCUGUCCUUUAAUGCAGGGAGUACAUUUGGUAUUAGUGGCAACAAAUGGAGACUUUCUGCUAAGGCAUGCGUCACAACUUUACUUGCAAGUUUCAGCGGAGGGUUUACUGCCAUGGUCCAGAGCUACUUCACAUGUGAUAAAAAACAGGAUGUUUUAACAAUAGUAAAUGGUAUACUUGGAGGGCUGGUGGGGGUUACAGCUUCAUGUGCUGUAGUGGAUGUGUUUGAAGCCUUAUUUAUAGGGGUUGUUGGAUCUUUCCUUGCCAACAUAACUCCUCUACUCCUCACCUGGUUAAAGGUAGAUGAUGCUGUUGGAGCAACCUGUGUUCAUGGCUUCGGAGGAGCCUGGGGUAUGAUAGCAGUUGGACUAUUUGCAAGGAAGGAUGUAGUUUCAAUUGGAUAUUCAAAAUACAAUGGAAUCAUAUGGCAUGGAGAAACAUACUUAUUAGGAAUACAGAUUUUUGCUGUUGUUGUCAUUUUUAUUUGGUCAAGCGUAAGUACUUAUAUUCUACUCUUUCUUGUGGAUCUGGUCUGUCCUAUCAGAAUGGCAGAGCACAUGGAGCUUCUUGGUGCAGAUUACUGUGAACAUGAAGUGUUCCACCCUGGCGUCGGAGUUACUAGAGCUGUCAGUGUUCUCCAACAUGUUCCUAAAUUCACAUCCAAGGUGAAUGUGGAACUAGACUAUGUAGGUAAAAACUACGGGCAUGACCAGUAUCUAAACAAAGUUUACAACAAGGAGAAGAUAUCUGUAUUCAAGGAUAAUCCAGUCAGAAAAGCUAUAAUUAGAGCUGCAGAAGCUGUUAGUUCUGGACUUCACAAUUUUAAGAAUUCUCUGAGUGGAAACAAGCCUGCAGGAAAGACCAAAAGUCCCGAAAGUCCCGAAAGUGUGUCAACAAGCUACCUUGCCUGAGUUUAUCAAAUAUGUUUAAAAAUGAAAUAAAAAUGAUCUGAUAUUUAAAUACAUUUGUAUUGGUGCAUGUAAUAAAGUUUAACAAUAAAGCAAAGUAUUUAACUUUA